AUGUGGGCCUGUAUGUACACUACACGCUGGGUACCCGCAACAUACGCAGAACUUGUCAUUGUGAUUGCCUCUACUUUCGAGGACGACGUGUUCCUGUGUUACCUGGGACGGGCCGGCGGCCCAAACUCCAAGCUUUGGCUGGGUAUCACCGGACCAGGGCGCGAUCAGCGGUGUGUGCAGGAGGACGGGAUUAUUGCUCGGUCUUUCGGCGCCAGUAUCGAGAACUGA